UUGUUACAAUUCUGAUUCAUGUAAAUCAUUCCAAUUCUGUUCUGGCUCAUGCAGUAUGGCAGGUUAUUACACGGAUGCAGCAAGUGAUUACAGUGAAGAUUGUGCUAUUUAUAUUCCAAAAGUAUUGGAUAGGUUUGAAGUGACUGGAACAAUGAUUUUCGAGGACGUUUUUCACACUGAAAUGAAUCUCAAUGCCGAUCAAUGUGCUGCUCUUUGUCAUGAUUGGAACGAUAAAGAAGUCACUUGUCAGUCUUUCAAUUAUUGCCCAGCUCAUGCUAAAAAGCUGAGCAUUUGUCAAUUAUCAAAGUAUUAUCCAAGUCAUGAUGCUGAUGUGAAACUUGUUCAUUCGGAUACUUGUCAAAAUUAUCAAAGGAGUGAGCAAAGUUUGAUUGACCAACAAAAAAACAACGCAAUCACUAGAAGUACGCACAUUGGAACAAUUUUUGGUUCAAUCGUGUUAUUCGCGGCAGCUGGACUUAUUUUUGGAGCUCUUGUUGCUAUUGUGACCACAAAAUUUUAUUACAGCAAGAAAAAUGAUCCAUCUGAUUCCUACAACCGUCACACAUUCAGUUGGGAUAAACAGUUGAAUGAAUGA